CGGAGUGGGUGUUUCCGGCGGAGCGGCUCUGAAGCCGCAAUGGCGUCGGUGUUUGUAGAGCUGAGCUCAGGCUCCUGCCCGCAAUCCGCAUCCAUCGGCCCGAGGACUGGCCAGACACGGCUCCUGGGCUGCUAACCCUAGUGCAGAAUAUCCUAUAUACACGCUGAUAGACUCAUUUGCCGAGAACCACAGCGAUAUUAUUGAUAAAAACUUAAAUACCAGAUACAAGUUUUUUUGACGUUCGCUAAUCCAAUUUGCCGGACUCGAACUCAACUUAGAACGAAAUAAAAUAAGUUUUUAAUGUUUGGGAAAGGCGCCUAUCCUGUAACAAAUUCUUCAGGAGCCAAAACAUUGACAGGAAAAUUGCAAAUGCCAGGCAGUAGUUCCUGUAAAGUAAAGUUGACAGAGACAGAGUAAAGGUUAUGGAAGAUAAGGAACCCUUGGGGUGAAUGUUGAGCCAGAGGAGCAGGGCUGCCACCAGCACACCUCACCAUUAAUUUUCUUGCUUUUGUUUUGUGGGAUGCCAGGCUCGGAGAGAGCCGGGACCAAGGCGGAUGGAGGCAGUGGCCUGUGCUCCCUGCAGCCCGGCCCCAGCAGCAGCAGAGAGAGGCGCAAAGCAGCGUCCAGGCACAAGCGGCACCGAGCCAAGCACAGCCGAGACUCGCCGGGGGUGGCCACACAGCCACCGCUCACCAAGGUGAAGUCUCUGGUGGAGUACGACGACAUCAGUUCGGACUCUGAUACUUUCUCCGAGGUCACCAUCCGCUCUGACCGCAGGGACAAGGAAGAACGGACAAGUUCGGAUAAAGCAGUAAAAGCUCACAAGCAUCACCAUCAUCAUCUACACAAACGGGUUAAGGAACACCACAAGUCGAAGGAGACAGAGAGGGUUAAGGAGCGGGGCAGGAAGCUGGAGUCUGGCAAGCCCAGUGGCAGCAGAGAGAGGACUUCAUCUAAAAGGCAGAUGGUUGAGGAUGAAGAGAGUGGGAAGAAGGGGCGAGCAUCACCACUCAUCAAGCACAGCAGCAAGGAGGCAAAGUCUUCCAAAUCGUCCAAAGAGAGGGUGAGGCGUGAGAAAGAGCAGCGGUCAGCACACAAGGAGCGACUAAAGAGCCAGAAGAAAAGCAAGGAAACGCCGCGGGGAUAUCGCUCGUCCUCCAGUCCGAAAAAGAAAGGUGGGAGCCCGAGACGCAGGCGUUCCAGCAGCCCACACCGAGAGGACAGCCCGUUUGGCAGCCACAGCAAGGGCUACGAGGGCAGCCCGGGCUACAGGCCGCGGACUUUGAGUAAUUACGACGGGCAUCGCCGGAGCCCCACUGACUCUGUGCGGAAACAGUCUGCCAGCCCUCCCUACUAUGGUUCCCGGGAGCCUGCAGCCUACCACGCCACCUACACCGCACGUUCGCCCAGUCCCUACGGCCGCAGGCAGCGAUCGUCCAGCCCCUAUGGCCGGCAGCGAUCGCCCAGCUACGACAGGCACAGCAGCUCGUACGAGUACAGUGGGCGUUCGCCCAGCCCCUACGGCAGGAGACGCUCCGUCAGCCCCUACAGUCGUCGCUCCUUCAGCCAGAGCCCCAGCAACAGAAGAUCGGGCAAGUCUAGGAGCAGGAGCCCGCUGUACACACGCCACUCUCGUUCACACAGUAAACACCGGCAGUCGCGGUCACCAAGUGGCCACUCCAGCAUCUCACCCAGCCGCUUCACCCUCAAGUCCAGCCUGGGCGCUGAGCUGAGCAAAACCAAGAGGGCGCGCGCGGCGGUGGCUGCCAAAGCCGGCACCAAAGACUGCAGAGAGGCCAAGCUACCAUGCAGCGGCACGCCCACAACCGCCACACUGAAGGACGUCAAGAAAUUGACUAAAGUAAUAAAGCCUGAGGUGCUCCCGGCACCCACUGAGGUGGCAAACUCGGUGCCUGUAAAGACGGGCAGGGACACUGCGGAGGAGAUGAUUCCGGAGCUGAAGGUGAAGACGGAGCAGGAGGAUGAGGAGACGGCGCUCUCACCGCUGGUGGUGAUCGGCAAGGAGUCCCGGUCACCGGCACACAAACGUGACAAGAAUCUGCCCCCAUUACCAAACGAAAGCCUCCAGGAAAAGCCCCCGCUUCCUCCGUGUGGUUCUGCUCCACCAUUACCUCCUCCCUCCCCCCCCCUGACUCUCCCCCCUGUACCUGUACAACUGCCUCCCCUGCCCCCCGUCACUUGCAGCCGACCGCAACCUGUGGCUGAGUUGCAGCCGGAGCUGCCGCAACCACCGGUGGUCACGGUGCAGCUGCCGUUACCACCAGUGCUGCCGCCAUCACCUCCAGCAUCCGUCCCCACGCCCGCACCCCCACCCAUGUCGACUCCUGUGUUGCCGGUGAUCCUCCCCACCAGCGGCACGUUGCUGCAACCUGCACGGACAACAGCACUGACCAGCGGCCUCCCCAUGCCACCCACACUCAACUGUGUGCCGUCCUUACUGACGUCCACCCUCCCACCACUACCGCUGCCCCCACUGCUGCCUGGCGAGGACGAGAUGGAGAGCCCGAAGGAGAGUCCCGCUGUCAAACCCGUGAAGAAAGACAGAGACCAAAGAACACGGCAUUUACUGGCGGACCUGCCCCUCCCUCCAGAACUCCCGGGAACAGACCCCUCACCACCAGCCUCCCCGGAGCAGAAGACCCCUCCCCAGCCUCAACCCGUGCUGAAAAAGAGGCCCAAAAUGUGCUGCCCUCGGUAUGGAGAGAAGACGGAGACGGAGAGCGACUGGGGCAAGCGGUGUGUCGAUAAGUUUGACAUCAUUGGAAUCACUGGAGAGGGGACGUACGGGCAAGUUUACAAAGCAAAGGAUAAGGACACAGGUGAGAUGGUUGCUCUGAAAAAGGUUCGUCUCGAUAAUGAAAAAGAAGGCUUUCCCAUCACAGCCAUUCGAGAAAUCAAAAUCCUUCGGCAGCUGAACCACACCAGUGUGGUGAACAUGAAGGAGAUAGUGACCGAUAAGCAGGAUGCACUCGACUUCAAAAAGGAUAAAGGGGCCUUCUACCUGGUCUUUGAGUACAUGGACCAUGACCUGAUGGGGCUUCUGGAGUCCGGGCUGGUGCACUUCACCGAGGACCACAUCAAAUCCUUCAUGAGGCAGCUGAUGGAUGGCCUCGAUUACUGUCACAAAAAGAACUUCCUGCACCGGGACAUCAAAUGCUCCAACAUCCUCCUCAACAACAGUGGGCAGAUUAAACUGGCAGAUUUUGGCUUGGCGCGAUUGUACAACUCUGAGGAAAGCCGCCCUUACACCAACAAAGUCAUCACGUUGUGGUAUCGACCGCCAGAACUGCUGCUGGGGGAGGAACGAUACACACCUGCCAUCGACGUUUGGAGCUGUGGCUGUAUCCUUGGGGAACUCUUCACUAAAAAGCCAAUCUUUCAGGCCAAUCAGGAGCUGGCACAACUGGAGCUGAUCAGUCGAUUGUGUGGCAGUCCUUGCCCAGCGGCCUGGCCUGACGUCAUUAAGCUGCCGUACUUCCACACGAUGAAACCGAAGAAGCAGUAUCGACGUCGCCUUCGAGAAGAAUUUGCAUUCAUUCCACUCCAUGCACUCGACUUACUUGACCAUAUGUUGACCCUGGACCCCAGUAAACGCUGCUCCGCCGAGCAGACCCUGCUGAGCGACUUCCUCAAGAACGUGGACCCCACUACGAUGCCUCCACCCGACCUUCCCCACUGGCAGGAUUGCCACGAGCUGUGGAGUAAGAAGCGGCGACGGCAGAAACAGGCCGGCAUUGUGGAGGAGCCGCCAGUGCCCAAAGCCCCACGCAAGGACAACGCGCUGACCGCAGACGACAGCCGCAGCAGCACGCCGCAGACAGCAGCACCGCAGACAGCAGCACCGCAGGGCAAGGCACAGAGCAGCCACACAGACGUGGGCAGUAUCAGGGAUGCAGCGCAGCAGCUGAAUCAGAACGAGUUGGCGGUGUUGCUGAACCUGCUGCAGACACAGACUAACCUGAGCCUGAGCCAGCUGGCACAGGCCCUGAACGUCAGCACCAACCCAGAGACACAGCAACAGUGGAAUGUGCUGAGCCAGUCCCUGGUGGCACUGGCCGAAGCCACCAGCCAGCAACAGGAGACCGCAACGUCCACUGUCACCCAGCCCCCACCCCCUCCCCCUCCCCCCAGCCCCUCCCACAGAGCCCCCCCCAGCAGCAGCACCCCCCUCCCAUCAGCCCCCUCCCCUCUGCCACAGGUGGUGGCCGGUGUGAACCCGACCACCAGCGUCCAGCAACCACCCAGCGCAUCACAUGCGGCCGAGACUCCGGACACACACAACCUGCUGACCAUCCUACUGACUCAGAUCAUCAAAUCUCAGGAAACCACUGCAGUGCCCGAAGAAAGUAACGGCCUCAAGGCCAGUAAUGCAGCCCUGCAGCUGCAGCCAGUGACCGCCACCCCCGACACCGCAGAUGAAUCUGUGGUCACCAAGCCGGAUGCCAAGAGUCCGGUGGUGCCGGCGUUGCCAGCGCAGGGUCCAAGCCGGAUCCUGCCCCCCGACCAGCGCCCCCCCCUGAGCCCCCCGCCCCCCGCCCUCACUGGGUGACACGGACAGCCGGGUUAAUGUGCGGACCAGUCCCUGCAGUGAGGACCCAAAAUGCCGGGGUGAAGGCAGCUCUGCUCCAGCUGCUGAACAAGGAGGAGGUUCUGGAGAAGGAGAGGCUGGGACAGCCAGUCACGGCAGACUACAGCGGAACUCACUCGGCAAACAGCUACACCGACACCUUCAGGAACAAUGAGAGGAGGGACGCACAGCUAAGUGGCCGGAGCUUGCUGGACAGCAGUGCCUCACACACCAUGGGUCAGGCCAGGACUCUGCCCACGGUGGCCGCUGACUACCCAGUCAUGAGGCCGAUGCAGUUUACAGCUGACCAAGAUCACCGCUUCAACUUCUCCAGAGUGACUCUGCCGGCACUGGUGACCGGUGCAGCCGGCACUGACCGGAUGGCCACAGAUACCAAGGCAGCCAAUUACAGCUACAACAGCAUGCCCACCGCUGCCCUGCCCACCAGCUCUGUGCCCACUCUCAUCUGGGCUCUACCCACCCGGGGCUCAGGGUUUAACCGGGCACCGGGACGGGUACCAACUAGAGGGAGCAGGGGACGGGGUGGCCCCUACUAACUGCUCGCUCACUCACCGCGAGUGCUUUCUUAUGAUAGUGUCCUUGGACAGCUGACCACUGGUCCCGGCAUUCCCCACUGAGCCACUGGGGAUGUGGGUGAGAGGAUCAGGAGCGCUGUGUGCUCUGCCAGCCCCAUGUCUGAGGAUGAGACUCUGUAAAGUUACACUGUCGGUCGGGGACACUGCCCCAUGACUUGUACACAAUCCAUUUGAAAACAUUUAUGGCCCUGAAGAUGAGCAGACAGUGAAUGGAAGGAUGGCCGGAGAAAGUUCCAGCCGUGUGUCCAGCAAGGCGAGGGCCGGAGAGAGGGGGUGAGUGUGGGCAAGGAGUGGGCAGGGGCCGCCCCGUUACCCACAGCAACGGUUCUCAAUAAACCCGAUACCUUUCAUCGAGGCUACACUGGAAUCCACGGCCACUGGCUGGCGAGCAGCUGGUUAUCAAAGGCUUGGAACAUUCCCUCCUCAUUUCUCUGUAUCCCAGACUCCCUGCAGCCUCCAUGUUGUGUUCUUUUCUAAGUUACAAGUAUCUCCGCAAAUCUGCAAUUAAACCUGAACAAUGUUCUCA